CCUGAGCAUCUAUAAAGACGCUUCCUGUCCUCUUCUUGAGAGAAACAUGUAUUGAAACAUUAAUGGCUUGAUGGUACGAUACAGUAAUUAAAUAAAACGCAAGAUGAACUACGUACCCGGAACGGCGAGCCUCAUUGACGACAUCGAUAAGAAACACCUGGUGUUGCUCCGAGAUGGAAGGACGCUGAUUGGUUACUUGCGGAGCAUUGAUCAGUUUGCCAAUUUAGUUUUUCACCAGACAGUUGAGCGCAUCCACGUGGGAAAAAAGUUUGGUGAUAUUCCCAGAGGAAUUUUCAUCGUGCGAGGCGAAAAUGUGGUGCUUCUUGGCGAGAUAGACAUGGAUAAGCCCUGCGACACCGUCCUGCAGCAGGUCUCCAUCGAAGAGAUACUGGAGGAGCAACGGUUGCAGCAGCAAGCCAAACAGGAGACGGAGAAAGUCAAAAUGCAGGUCCUGAAGGACCGAGGCCUUUCCAUACCCAAAGCUGACAACCUCGAUGAAUACUAACACAGCCUUGUUGCCGUGAGCUUCUUUCUCAGUUUGAAUUGGACUGACAAGUUUUACGUUGAAUCUGAGAGCACAUGGCAGCCUGACUUUUUGUUUUUAAGUGGGCAGAAUACACCAUUAUACUGAGUAUCUACUGUGCUGUACUAAAUCAAUUUAAUUUGAAUUUUGUGGAGGGGGGUGAGUGACAACUGUUCUCAUUUUUGCAGUUUAUGUCAAAGGUGUUUUUGUUUUUCUUUUCUUUCCUGAAAUCAUUUUGGCAGUGUAGACUCUAUAGCACUUUGUAUUCUUUCAUAAUUAUGUCGAAAGUCUUUACAUUUGAAGAUAAUGUGGGACAGCUGUUGAAAGGGAGGAGCGGAGGGCGGGGACUACACGCUUUUCCCCAUUAAAGAGUUUAAUUUUUCAUUAUGAAAGUCCUGCUUGGAAAAAAAAAAUGUCUCCAUGCAUUAAAGGCACGUGAAGCUGGUCACGUUGGGUCAAUAAAGGCCCAGUGCCCUUU